UAAAACAAACUAGCUAGCGUUAGCUGAAUGUAAAAGCCAUGUAUGCUGUUUUUAAUACAGAAAUCCUCUGAAGCCAACAGUCAUGUGAGAUUUUUAUGUUGUUGAAAAUUACUAGUAUUUCCAUUUUUCAAAUGUUCAUGUUUAUUUUUUGUUCGUUGUUGAAAUAAUGGUGGAAUUGUACAAUAGUUUUAAAGUGUAGAAUGAAUACACAAAACAAAUGAAGAUGUCAAAUUUGAACUUACUGUGUCCCAUGUUGAAAAACUACACACACACACACACACACACACUCUCACACAGUGCAUCUAAGUAGGCCUAGCUACAACCAUUCUGUCCUGGAAGUCAGUUCAGCCUUCCACAGAGGUGAAAUACUGAGUCAACUUUUCCCUGACAGAACCUGCCUCCUGACCUGCUCUGUUGGCCUGGAUGGCUCUGCCUCUCAUGCCUCAUCCCUGCUGUAGUCACAUCUCCACAUCACAAGGCUUUGUGAGGACGUUGUGGAGGAUGCACAUUGCAACCACUAGGGUAUCAACCUUGCUUGGGAAAGUUGGAUUGUGCAAAACCAGAUGGAAGUCCCUCCGUGACAUUUUUGAAAGGCACCUACGGAAGGCCCAGCUCAGUGGUUCUGGGGGAACCAAUCAGAAAGAAUGGAAAUACAUGAAAAUAUGAUCAUUCUUGAUACCUUACGUCCAGCCAAGAAGCUCAAGAGGCAACCUCAGCCUUGAAAAUGCUUAUUCGCCUCAGCCACGAAAAUGCUUAUUCGCCUCAGCCACGAAAAUGCUGAUUCGCCUCAGCCUUGAAAAUGCUUAUUCGCCUCAGCCUUGAAAAUGCUUAUUCGCCUCAGCCACGACCGAUGGAUCCCGAUGACGCUGAAGACGACGUCCCUGAGCCCUGACCAUGUGCUUCAGAUGCCUGAACAACAGUCACCAGCGGAUAAAGGAUCAAAGAUUGUCAUUUUGGAUAAAACCCAGUAUCUGAUAGAGGCGAGUAGGCAGUUGAGUAAUUCGAAACAUUAUAGACCACUGACUCAUUCAUUGCAGCAGGAGAUCCAGAGACAAAUGAGGGAGAUUAUAGGGGACCUUUAUGAGAAUAAUUACAUUACAGACAAACAAAUGUUUUAUCUAUUUGGACCAGAUACUCCACGCCCCAGACAAUUUUAUUUGUUGCCUAAAAUCCACAAACCUCCUGAGACUUGGACCAUUCCCUCAGAGGUUCCAUGUGGGCCGAUCGUAUCGGAUUGUGGUUCAGAAUCGUAUAGAAUAGCGGAGUAUUUGGAUUAUUUCAUAAAUCCCCUGUCACGGAAACAUCAAGGUUUCAUUAAGGAUACAUACGAAUUUGUGACAAAAUUGAAAGGAAUUAGUGUGCCUCAAGAAACUGUUUUUUUUUCAAUUGAUAUUGACUCCUUGUAUACUAAUAUUGACACCAACUUGGGUCUUAGAGCAAUCAGAAACAUUUUCCAUAAAUAUCCAGACCUAGAUAGACCAGAUGGGGCUUUGUUACAACUAUUGGAACUUAGUUUAAAAAGAAAUGACUUUGAGUUCAACUCUAAUUGGUUCCUUCAAAUCCAUGGUACAGCGAUGGGGAAGAAGUUUGCCCCGUCAUAUGCCAAUAUUUAUAUGGCAGACUGGGAACAAUCAGCCUUCACCAAAUGCAUAAAGCUUCCAUUUUUGUAUUUACGGUAUCUAGAUGAUAUAUUUGGGUUAUGGACACAUUCUUCCUCAGAUUUUAUGGAAUUUGUGAAUAUUUUGAAUACACAUCAUCCGUCGAUCACGAUUAAAUACAACGUUCAGCCGGAACGAUUAGAAUUUUUGGACACCGAGGUAUUUUUUGUAGAGGGGAAUGAUAACCUGAAGCAAUUAGCAACAAAGGUUUAUUUUAAACCUACGGACACUCAUUCCCUCUUACAUAAAUCCAGUUUUCAUCCAAAACACACCUACAGAGGGUUGAUAAAGUCGCAGCUUAUAAGAUUUCAUAGGAUUUGUACACAGGAAAAACAUGUAAAGGAGGCUAUAGGAAUUCUUUUUAAGGCUCUCAGACCCAGAGGAUACUCGAAACGUUUCCUCCGCACCAUAAGAGCGGAGGUGAACACUAUGGUGGUAACUGAACCUAUAUAUGGGCGGACUAAUAACGAUGGAUGUAUUAUCCCAUUUGUCACCACAUAUUCACAGUCUUCUAUGAAAUUUAACUCCAUAGUGAAGGAUCAUUUUAAGCAGACAAGUGAGGAUGGGGACACCCUCGAACAGUUUAGAGUAAUAUCAGCAUAUCGGCGAAAUAAACAUUUGAAAGAUGUGCUGGUACACUCUGGAUUCAAGGAGAAGCUGGUGCGGAGGGGACCACACUUUAGACAAGUAAAAUAUAUUCAGAAUAAAUGGUCGGGUCUAGGGGCCCCAGUAUGGGAGGGAUUUCAAUUGAAGACCACCAUCAUUGUAUAUGGAAUUGAAUGUCUGAAAUGUGGGAAACUGUAUAUUGGAGAAACCAGGAAUUCCUUGGAAGCCAGACUCAAACAACAUCUAUAUCAUAUAAGUAAAGAGUCAGUUAAAACCAUAUUAUACACCCACUUUAGAUCUCAUCCAGUAGCUCAGUUAAGAAUAGCAGGGUUGGAAUCUAACCAAGGGUGGGCGCUAAAACAUAGACAGAUCAAGGAGCGAAGUUGGAUCAACAAAUUGGGUUGUAAUCCCACAGGUCUUAAUGAAAAGUAUUAGAGACCCUAACCCUUCUAACCCUGACCGGAACAUUAAACCUGAACCAUCCUAGUUUACCCUCACCUUAACCUGAGCAAUCUUAGUCCAAACCCUAGCCGAUAAUCCCAUUCCUGAACCAUCCUAACCCUAGUUAACCCUCACCUUAACCUGAGCAAUCUUAGUCCAAACCCUAGCCGAUAAUCCCAUUCCUGAACCAUCCUAACCCUAGUUUACCCUAACCUUAACCUGAGCAAUCUUAGUCCAAACCCUAGCCGAUAAUCCCAUUCCUGAACCAUCCUAACCCUAGUUAACCCUCACCUUAACCUGAGCAAUCUUAGUCCAAACCCUAGCCGAUAAUCCCAUUCCUGAACCAUCCUAACCCUAGUUUACCCUAACCUUAACCUGAGCAAUCUUAGUCCAAACCCUAGCCAAUUAUCCCAUUCCUAACCUUAACCACAAUCUUAACCUCAAGUCUAUUUCAAUCCCUAACCCCAAACUUUGGCCCCAAUACUGACACUAAGUUUAACCCCAGCCUCAAACUUAACCCUAACUUGGACCCCAAGCCUAACCCCUUGGUUCACCCUAACUAUAAUCCUUAUCCUAAUCCUAAAACCUAAUCUUAAUUUUGACUAUAACCUUAACCUUAAUCCUAAUCUAAACCCUGACCUUAACCUCACCCUUAACUGCAGCAAUCCCCACCCUAGCUCUAACCUUAACCCCAAUCCUAAACUUAGCCGCAGCCCUGACAAUAACCUUAGAUUUAAUCCUAACCCGAACCAUAAUCCUAACCUUAACCCCACCUCAAGCCCUAAUCGCUAAUCCUGAACCUUGACCUAGAUUCUGACCUUAAUUCAAACCCAAGCCUUAAAUAUAAUCCUAACCUUAACUCCAAGCCUAACCCCUUGGACUUAAAACGUGGACGUAAGGAAUCCCAUAGGCCUGAUAGAGAUUAACCAGUCUAACCCUAACCGGAUUCCUAAACUCGAACUCGGGCUCCAUAAAGAGGUAUCCUGAGGAGCCUGGUAAUUAGGGAGCAUGUGUUGAUGUAUUGCCUGGAGGUUUAUCCUCUUAGAGGAAAAUGUUAUUUUUAUCUGUUUUCCUUCCGGUAUGAACCAUAACCCCUUCUUUUGGGGAAUAUCUCCUAAUUUCCCGUAGAACAAUUAUGUAUCCUUAGGAGCAAUAGAAUUAGAGAACAUGCGCCCGUGUACUUGGUCCUCUUGAAGGGCAAUUUUUUCUUAAACCUAACCCUAACCCCUAACCCUGACCCUAACCCUCCCCCAUAACCCUAAACCUCCUAACCCUCCCCCAUAACCCUAACCCCUAACAAUAACCCUCCCCCAUAACCCUAAACUCUAACCCUAACCCUGCCCCUAAACCCUAACCCUUUUCUUAGGUCUUUCCUUUCUUUUAACAGAAUAAAACAAUAAAAGAAAGAGGCAUUUUAGAACUUACUUCAGUUUAAUUUAUGAUCUUAGGAGGACACCUACGGGCCUUUUUAAGUACUACACCUAAUAUAACAGAUCCUCAGAAGAGGGAUAAACAGGAGAUAGGCCUGUGCACCGUAAAACAAACUAGCUGAAACGAAACACAAUCCUAUUCAAAACCUAGCCCCUAAACCUAACCCCCCCUAACCCCUAACCCUCCCUUCCCCCCUCCGGUUUCCACCUGUCAGAGGAUGGAAGUGGAUCAACCGACUCAAAACUAGAAACCUAUCCCGUAACCCCAACCUAACCCUAACACCUAACCCCUAACCCUUCUCCUUGCAGACUCUAAUCCCCCACCCUAACCCCAAGAUCCUCAUGCCUAACCUUAACCUCUAGACCCCCUCUAGACCCCCAUACCCAAUCUUAAUUCAACCCUGACCUUUACUCUACCCUAAUUCCCCACCCUAACCCCGAGAUCCCCAUGCCUAACCCUAACCUCUAGACCCCCAUACCUGAUCCUAAUUUAAUCCUGACCUGUACUCUAAUCCUGACCCUAACCGUUACCCCAACCCGAACUCUAACCUUUACCCCUAGCUUCUAAAUCCUAACCCUAAUUCCAACCCUAACCCCUAUACCCUCAUACCUAAAACCUUACCUCUUAGACCACAGCUCUGAGCUUGGCCCCUGGUCUCUAUUCUUAGUUCUGAAUCCCUGGUUGCUCUGAGCUUGGCUCCUGGUCUCUAUUGUUAGUUCUGAAUCCCUGUUUUUUAACCCAAGACCACAGCUCUGAGCUUGGCCCCUGGUCUCUAUUCUUAGUUCUGAAUCCCUGGUUGCUCUGAGCUUGGCCCCUGGUCUCUAUUCUUAGUUCUGAAUCCCUGGUUUUUAACCCAAGCCUUAUUUUAAAAUCUGAUUCUGGUCUUUUUAUAUAUAUAUAUUUUUUAGUCAUUAAAGUAUUUUAUACAAUAGUCUAAACCAUUUAUCCUAAAGGGGUUGCCUGUGCCAGUGCACAUCAGAUUCGUCUGUUUUUCUUUGAACCUAACCCCUAACCCUUAACCCCUAACCCUUUACCCCUAACCCCAACUUGCACAAUUGGUGGCUGACUAAAUACUUUUUUUGCCCCACUGUAUAUAG